CCGCGUCCGUUGAAAUCAGGAGUUUGGAAUAACAAACUGUGCCUGUCAGAAAGUAUUUCACUCCGGGCACGGUGUGGCAGCAAAACAUUUUGUGUGUAUGCAAUCUGAAAAUACUACGUAGGAUCAAGAUGGAGGCUGGGGAACUGGAGUUUUUGAGGGACCAAGUUCGGCGCUUGAAUGCAGAGCUGCAGCACUACCAGGAGAGGUUCAUUGCCUUAAACGAAAGUGAAAAGGCAACUUUACAAAAACCAGGAGAUCCUCCAGCUCCAUGGCUGACCAGCAAAAAUUUGUUAUCACCUCUUAUUGCUGAGUAUGACCAUCAACUAGCAUCACUUCGUAAGCAGCUUAACACAUACAAGGUAGAACAUUUGGAGUUAGCAGGAAAGAUUGACAGGCUUGUGAAUGAAAACAACAGGUUGCAUCGUGAAUUGAAAUCCAGCAUAGAGGGUCAGUUGGAGGCGGUACAGCAGGUCUCCAGAGCAGACACCAGCGUACUGGAGGAGCAGAAGCUCAUCGAGAAUCUACAAAAGCAGAUAACUCUUCUUACACAAGAGAAGGAUUCAGCUGUGGAAAUGUGGCAAGAAUCGGUUCUGGAAGUGGACAGACUUGCAAAGGACCAUAGAGAUCUACUGAGCAGUACAGAGGCCCAGACUCAAAGAUUUCAAGCAAUUCAGGAGAAAGGUUCAGCUAUGAUGAAUCAGAAUCAAGGUUUGGCUACUAGCAAUCAAAAACUUGAAAUGGCCAGUCAGCAUUUACAGCAGGUGAUUGCAUCUCAGUCUCAGGAGCUGGAGUCACUCCGAGAUCACUUAAAGAAAUCCCGGGCUGACCUGAGAACAGCCAGCCUACAACUUGCAGACGCCAGGAAUACGUCCGACCAACUCAAGGAGGAAAAACAAAUCAAGGAAAGGGAAACACAGCAGGCCAAAGGGAGAGAGGAAUCCGCUGAUAACAGACUGACCCAACUACAAGCCAUUGUUAUGGACCUAGAACACAGAUUAACCAAUUUAGCGGAAGAUAAUGCCAAACUGCUUGUCACCAAGAAGGAACAGGAAGAGCGAGUCAAGUCAUUUCAUCACAAAUGUGGUAAAGCAGAGAGGCGUGAGCAUGAAGCACUGGCUCAGGUUCGAGACAGCAUCCAGAUGGUAGAGAAUGCUCUCUUGGAGAAGGACGAGGCACUUGUGCGAGAGCAGCAAAAGACUCAGGAGUUAGGUCGACUCCAGGUGGCGCUGUCUAAGCUGAUCAAUGAGGCAGGCAAGAGGACCAGGCUGGAGGUGGAUAAUGUCAGGAAGCAGUGUAAUACCAACAUCGGCAAACUCAUGGAGGAGAUUCAGAGUCUGGAGAUGGAAACUGCAGAAAAACAAGCAGAAAACGAGAGAGCAAUGAGGGAGAAAAGAGCAGUGGAACAAGAACUUGAGACUGUAUAUAGAGAGGGUGCCAAGGGUCCUGAUGACCAUCUAUACCAAGAGCUACAAGGACGUCUUAAUAUCGCAGAGAGGAUGCGAGCUGAGGCUAUGGUACAGGUGCAGAAACUGGAGAAAGCUAUGCACAGAACACAAAACAGUCAUGAAGAGGAGAAAUCCCAAAGCCUCUUGAUCAAUGAGCAGCUGAAACAGCGACUGGACAAAGUGUCUAAGGAAUGUGAAGCCAUAUCUGAGGAGCGGCUACGACUGACGGAGGUCGUUGAUGAUUAUAAGAAACGUCUCCUUAUGGCCCAGAAAGAGAAGAAGGGAGCCGAGAGGAAAUGCCUGACACAGAUGACGGGGGUUAACCAGGAGAUGAGUCAGAUGAGGGCGGAGUAUGAAGCCAGGCUGGAGGGCGUGGAGCAGGGAAGCAACCGCGCCAUGAAGGAACUCAGAGAAAUGUUGUCAGCUCAACAAAGAAUGAGUGCCAAAUGGAGGGAGGAGUCCAAAACACUUGCCAAGAAGUUUGAAUCAAAAGUCAAUGACCUAAGAUCAGAGAUUUCAAUGCAUAAAAGUCGCUCAGAAGAGCUGACGACACAGCUCGGUCAACAGAGGGCACUGUUCCUGGAGAGUGAACAGAGACAGAGUGGAGAAGCAAGCAACCUACGUAAACUCAACCAAAAACUUGCUGAUACAGAACUCAGGGCUGCUACAGCAACCAAAAAGCUUUCUGAGCAGUUGUUGAGAGAGAAGAGAUUGCUACAAGACAGGAAACACUUACAGAAUGAACUGGAGAAGCUGAAGCUAGAAGCCAGUAGGACAAACAGAUUAUCUGAGCAAAUCCACCUGUCGGACUUGGACACCAGGCAAGAUGGCGGAGGAGGGUUAGCCUCCCAUCGAAUGCUGAACGGCAAAUCAACGGUAACCUUCGGACACCAUUAUAACGUAAAUGGCAAUAACAUCAAUGGAGGGGCUGCGGCCAGUGGGGGCACCGGUAGCCAUGCAAGCAGUGUCCGCAGCGUGCGGUCAUCGUCAUCGAUUGGGAGUGGAAACUCUACCCCGGAUUACCUCAAAUGAAAGCUGACAGUAACAAACGUGAUUGGACAAGGAGAGUUGAAAAGAUAGAUUGGCAGUCCUGUAUGCCUCGUUUUUGAAAGGGCAAGGACACCAAGGCAUUUUCUCCUUGAUAAA